AUGAUUGCGCAAAGGGUUCCUGUUGUGCCGGGGCCAACCGGGCCCCAGGAAAUGAGCGCUCAAACCGAACUGGGCAAGGGAUUACCGCUACCGCCUCUUAUCAGCGACACCUUGCCGAAUAAAUCACCGGCAUUUAUUCAACCCAUAGCCAGUUUUAAGGGCCCCCGCAGGAUUCCGCUCCAGCUCACAAGGCCAGGUCAACUCAGCAGUGGCUUCAAAAGACUAUCAUAG